ACAAAUCAGUCAGAGUGAUUAUAGAUAUAGAAGCAGAACUACUUAAACUGCCUGUCCUCACUGGCUCCUCCCACAGGCCAGACUGUAAUACAUGGGAUUAAACCAGGGGUGCACAAACUUCAAACUUUUGCACAGGACCUUUUAUGAGAUUCACAUUGGCUGGCGUAUCUGAGGAUACUACUAAUCUUUGGUUAGUGGUUAGUAUUUAAUAUGCGAACAUUCAGCAGGUAUGUAAUGUGAUGUGGGUGUGGCUUAAGCAGGACUUUGAUCUGAGUGAAGAGCUCAUCAGUGUAAAGCUACAGUGAAUUAUAGUCAGAGCGAAGAGGAGCUCCACAUACACACAUAUACACACACAUCACCAACACCUCUGCAGUUUCAGGCAGAGCUCUGGUCAGAGAUGAACAGCAGCCUGAGGAGAUCCCAGUCCCUCAAAAACCUCCCUGAGAGUCGGGGCUCAUGGGUUACAGUGGAUGGACCCCCACUGGACAGGAGAACCAAUGUCUCUCAGCUUAUCCAAAGAUAUCAGAGCUGCACUGACCUCAGAGAUGCUGGACCAGCAGGAGGUCGGUUAAAGCAGUCUGUCCAGUUCAGGACAAACCCUGUUCAGACCAAUGAGAGUCCAUUUAACACCUCCUGGAAAAAGUCUGGGUACAGGCCGAGCUCUCUGAGCCGGAGUCAGUCGAUGGAGGCUCUGUCUUAUAGAGACCUGCAGGGAACAGAUGCUCUGAGGGCUCUGUUUGAGUCCAAGAUAAGCCUUCAGCAGGAUUACAGCAGCAGCCCCAGAAUCAGCACCGUUACCCCAGCCUGGAGCAACCCCAGACUAAAUACCACCUCCUCGCCCCGGAGCAGCUCCCUAAAACGUGAAACCCCGCCGGCCCGGAGCAGCUCCCUAAAACGUGAAACCCCUCCGGCCCGGAGCAGCUCCCUAAAGCGUGAUACCCCUCCGGUCCGGAGCAGCUCCUUAAAACACACCAACCCCCCAGCCUGGAGCAGCCCUCGACUUAGUGCCUCCGCCUCAGCCCAGAGCAGCCCUCGACUUAGUGCCACCCUCUCAAACCGGAGUGGCCCUCAAAACCAUGCCACCCCCUCAGCCCGGAGCAAUCACACAACCCCAGUCAGAGCAGAAACUGGGAGUAGGAGGGAGGGAACCCAGGGACGGACCGUCACUCCAGACAGGAAGGACUCAGGUCAUGAGACAUGGAGAACCCGGGUUCCAGGAUCUGUGGAUAUACGGACGGUUCUCUCCAGUGAUAGGGUGUAUUCUUCAGCUUCGAUUUCUUCUGUGAAGACCAGAUCAGCUCUCUACAUGUCUAAAGUAGGAGCAGAAGAGGCCUUCAGAUCAUCCACUCAGACGGUCAUGUGCUAUGCCUGUGAGACUCCAGUUUACCCAAUGGAGAGAAUAGUAGCUGAUGAGCAUGUUCUCCACACCAGCUGUUUUUGUUGUAAACACUGCAGGACUAAACUCAGCCUUCACAACUAUUCUUCUCUUUAUGGAGAGUUCUACUGUGUAUCUCACUACCAGCAGCUGUUCAAGAGGAAGGGCAACUAUGAUGAAGGAUUUGGGUUCAGACAGCACAAAGACUCCUGGAUUCCAAAGACAGAAAGCCCCAAAACUGAGUCCAGUAUUAGUCCAGCAUCCAAACAGGAAUCAGUAAGUGUGGAUAGUUCAGUCAGAUCACCAACUGAGGUUUUAAAUCUGCAGAGCAGAAAUGUGAACCCUGAAAAUGGCCCCAGGAACAAACUGAGCUUUAACUGGCCUCCAGAAAAGAGGAAAACCAAACCCUCUGCUGACCAAAACAUGAUUGACUCGUUUAGCUCCAGAAAUGUGUACAAUAAGAGCAUGGUUCAGUCUGGUCAGUAUGAAGUGGACAAAGCAGUCCAGCUUUCACCUGCAAAGCCGAAGAAGUUAAAACUACCCUCUCCUACAAGAGCCUCCACUGGGGCAGCAUUGCAGUCAGAGUUUACAUCUAAAUUUCAUUUUGAGGGCUUGAAACCAAACACUACAGAGUCUUCAUUGCUAAAUAAAAUCUCCGGUGAACAUCCAAGAGGACGUGAGGAGAAUCAUUUCAAUGAUAUUGACUCUGGAGGCAAGCAGGGGAGCGCAAUACAAACCAAACGCACUGUCCAUUUUGCUUCACCAUUGUGUUCCAAAGAAGGCGAAGGCAUAGUCCUUUCCAAUGCCAAAGAAGAUCUGGAAUCAGACAACUGUAUCAAAGCAACCUCCAGUAGUUCUACUGCUCUCGAUGGCAAGAUCACAGUCAGUUUGGUUGAAAAAGUUGGAAAUGUGGAAAACGAUCGACGAGAUCAAGUUAAUCCAGAAACCAAAGAAGUCUUGGAAUCAGACAAAAGUAACAAAGCAAUUUCCAGUGGUUCCACUGCUCUCAAGGAUGAGAUUACAGUCAGUCAAGUUGAAAAUGUCACAAAUAUGGAAAAUGAUGGAAAAGUUACAGUUAGUCCAGAGUUCCAGAGUGAAGAAGCUCAAAUGGUCUGUGAUGACUCCAGUAAACACUUGGAUUCUGCUGAUGAUCUUAAGCAGGAGAAAAACAUUUCUCAACUUGAGGAGGUUCAAGAAGUAACCCUCUUCAAACCCUCAGAGCCUUCAAAGCCAUCAGAGCCAGCAACAACUUCACCAGAUGACACAAAGAACGAAGAAAAAGAAGGGACAGACUCUAAAAGUCAGAGUACGGCUGCAAACACUGAAGAGCAAACCGCUAAAAAAGACAAUAGCAAGAAAUCGAUUGUUAAAAAGGGGUCGUUUUCUAAAGGGAGGAGCCCCCUAACCAGACUCUUCAGCAGCGGACCGAAAGAAAAUGAGACAACUGAGGACAAGGUGAAUCGAAGUGAACAAGAGACAGAAAGCAAGAAACCUCCAAAUGAAUCCAAACCCAGGAACUUGUUGAGCAAGCUCUUCCAGUCUUCGUCAGAAAAAGACUCUGAGCCAAAGAAGACCCAAGAGAGCAAAACGAGAAUGUUACCUGUAGAAACGGGAGUGGAGGAACUGAAGACUCUGAAAGUGGAAGAAAAUCCUGAAAUGUCUCUUCCUACUGGAGGUGACACCUUCGAAAAUUUGAGUGCUAACAAUAACAAAGAGGAAACAGCAGUUCUAACCUCAAGAGAAAUGUCCCAUCAAAUAGAUCAAGAGGAACUGAGCAGUACUUUGGUACCUCCAGAGACCACAGAAAUGAGUGGAAUAUUUUCUCCUCAGGAAACUAUCUCUGAUGAUUCACAUGAUGUAUCAACAUCUCAAACACUUAUCUAUGACCCCUCCUUGAAUUUGCCUGAGCACGGUCCAGUUCUAGAUGCAAUGGAAACACUUCAAAAAGAAGCAUCAAUAGAGGAACACUCCUCAGAAACUGCCUUCAAUCAAGAACAUCUGUUGAGUGGAGCAACUCACGGUGAACCUCUUCAGAUUGCAACAUUUGCAGAACCUAAAGAAUUAAAUAUGGCUAUGGAUUUAGAUGUGGAGCAACCUCAACAGGACCUCAACACUGAGUUCUCAGUUAAUGAGAUCAAUAACAGCAUGCCUUCAAAGGAGCCAACUAUUUUUGCAGUGGAGGAAAAUCCUUUUAAACCAGAGGACACUUCGGUGGACAAGAUCUUGCCUACAGCCUCUGAGCAAACUCAAUCUCAGAACAACCCCUUCGAUGCUGGGCUGGGAACUGAACUAAGUCAGAUCCCUGAAGGAAGUGUUCAGCCUCCUUCCACUGACAUGUUUGACCUGUUUAGUCUAAACUCUGAGCCAUCAACUCAAAUGGACAACUCUGUCCCAUUUGAACAAAAGGUUCCUGAGCAGUCCACUCAAGGGGAAGCAUUUGACAUAUUUGGUUCUGAGCCAGGGAUGCUCUGGAAAACUGACUCCAAAUCUGCUACUGAAAGUGAGACCUCAACUCAAAUCGACAACUCAGUCCCGCAAGAACAAAAAGAUUCCAAGCAAUCAGCUCAAGAGGAGCCAUUUGACAUAUUCAGUUCUGAUCCAGGGACACAGUGGAAUACAGUCCCCAAAUCUGGUCCUGAAAAAGAACUUUCGCAAGCUUCUGAAGUUCUCGACCCCUUUGGCUUUGAUAAUGACCCAUUCUCCACCGGAGGGGGGAACACUUCUGAUCCUUUUUCAGACCCCUUGCAAAAUGACCUUUUUGGUAAUCCUGUGGUCCUAAGCACAUUCACUGUGGAACCGAUUAAACUCAGCUCAGGUUCAGAUGACUUGGCCCUAUUAGAGAACAGUGUCAGUCCAGAUGACAUGUUCUCUUCAUCUUUCACUGAGGCUCCAGCACCCAACAAGCCCACAGGAAACAGCAGUGAUGACUGGAUGUCUGACCUUCUGGGCUGAUAUGAUUCUCUCCACCUCUGACCAUCAAUUGUUUACCUCCAAGCGUCAACCCUCAACCUCCAACCGUCAAUUGUCCAUUCCCAACUGUCAGUCCCCCAAUCAUCAAUUCUUCUUUUCCAAUCAUCUCCAACCAUUUCCAACCACCUUCAAACAUUAAUCAUUUACGUCCAACCAUCGAUCAUCCACCCCCAACUGUCAAUCGCUCCCUCCAAAUGUCAGUCCCCACCGACCAUCAGUUUUUAACGUUCAAUCGUCAGACAUCCACCUCCAGCUGUCAGUCACCCCCUCCACCUGACAAUUGUCCACCUCACACCCACUAACAGUCAAUUUUCUACCUUCAGCCAUCAGUAGUCUACCUCAAACUGCCAAUCACCAACCAUCAGUUGUUCACCUUCAACCAUCAAUUGUUCAGCUUCAAUGGUCAUUAGCCCCUUCAACUGUCAGUUGUCCACCAGCAACCGUCAAUACACAUCCAACCACCAAUCAUUACCCAACUGUCAAUGUACACCAAACAUCAAUUGUCAAAACCAUCCAACCCCCACCUCUUUUUACUUCAUCACAUUUUUAUUGUCAUAAAACUGAAUGUAGUUUGAUCAUUCCUCAGUACAAUUCAGACUAUAACAUGUCAUGUCUCUAUAGUUUGAUUUAACUUUUUAAAGUAAACUAAACAAAAUCUAAUUUACUGUGAAUCACUGAAAUUAAGAGGCUUUAUUUUGUGUUUUUUACUUGCUGAUUCCCUGAACAAAAUAGCAAUUAAUGUGUUAAGAUAAUUGUGAAUUAACCAACUGUAAAUAAAAUUUAUCCAAAAAAUUAUAUUAUGUAAAUUGAAACUUGUGGAGAAAAUGCAGUUCUGAAUUCUCUUAAA